CAGAGUACUUUUCAAAACUAGUUUUGUUUUUCCAAAAGCAAUGCAAGGAUCUGAGUGCAAUGGUGUUGGACACCCUAAGGAGUCCAUCCCCAGACUCGAGGACAAAACUUCUUGCUGCCACUGAUGGGAUCGAGGACGCACUGUACUAUUUUAGUGAUGUUAUUUCCGCUGGCAUACCUGAUAUCGGGAGGCUGAUAACAGACCACAUUCUGCAGCAUCUAACUCUCCCACUAAUUCUUCCGUCUUUGUGCAUUGAGACUGUUAAUGAUAUCCCAAUCGACCCGGUCACUUCCCUUUAUCUGCUUUGCUGCAUCUUGCGUGUAGUUAAAAUCAAAGAUUUGGCAAAUACAACUGCUGCUGCUCUUUUCUGCCCCAUAAAGGCGUUCAUUUCAAGGUCUCACGCUCAUGAAAGCUCUACACUUGGAAAUCAACAUCAAGGCAAUGGUAUUGCUGAGAAGAAAAUUAAGCAAUGUUCAAGCGUUGCAGUAUCAAGCGAGGGCAUUGAUUCUCACAGUUGCAUUGAAGAUACUGAGAAAAGUAACUUCAACAACCCACAUUUGACGUUGAGGGAGACUUUGCUUCAGUAUAUUUCAGAAGGGGAUGAGGUAGAAGCGGUGGGUUCUUUAUUUGUGAUGGCCACUUUGUUGCAAACGAAAGAACUCGAAGAAUCAAUGCUUGAUGCCUUUGGCAUUCUUCCUCAGCGUAAGCAGCACAAAAAACUUUUGCUGCAAUCUUUGGUUGGUGAGGCCUCUGGUGAAGAACAACUCUUUUCACCCGAAAAUGGGUCCAUGAGAGAUGGCACAAGCAGUGACAUUGAUUUGUAUUUACAGAAGUUGGAGGAGCAAUUUGGAUUAUGCUGUUCACUGCCUGGGGUAGGAAUUAACCCCAGUGAACAUAGAAAUCAGGUGGUGGACGCAUUGGUCAAUCUUCUCUGCCGAGAAAACAUAUCUGCUGAAACACUGUGGGAUGGUGGUUGGCUUUUACGUCAAUUGCUUCCUUACAGCGAGGCAGAAUUUAAUUGCCAACAUCUUGAGAUGCUGAAGUUUUCAUAUGAGAAAUGCUCAAGCGCACUUAUUCGGGAAAUUAAGGGUACCUGGUCUGAUCUACUCAUCCCAGUACUGCUUGAUGAGUGGAAAAAGUGCAAAAGAGUGAUUGAAGCUCCAUCACCUCGAAAAGAGCCUAAAUUCAUUCUUCUCCAGCUGAACAAAUCUUCUUCUGAUGAUAACGUUGUUAGCGAAUCAUCAUUCACGGCCGGUGAAAGAAUGUGCGAGUUGGUAAAGGUCUUUUUGCUUCUUCAUCAAAUCCAAAUCUUCUCGCUUGGUAGGCCCUUGCCAGAACAGCCUCCAACCGAUCCACCUGAGAUGUCCCUCGCUACAACUUCUGGUUUGGAUGUUUCAGUCCCGAAGCCUGGCACCGAACUGAAACUAGGUGAUGCAGUGCCCUGUAGGAUUGCCUUUGAAAGAGGCAAGGAACGGCACUUUUCCUUUCUAGCAUUCACAUCCGGGUUAUCCGGGUGGAUCGUCCUUACUGAAGAAUCGCCUUUGAAAUCAGAUUACGGGAUUGUCCGUGUCACUGCACCUUUAGCCGGAUGCAAUCCUCGGAUAGAUGAGAAACACCCUACAUGGCUACACUUGAGAAUCCGUCCAUCCGCCUUACCAUUCUUGGAUCCAGCAAAGCGUGGAGUCUAUGAGAAGCUCAAGACGAAAGGUCUGGUCGACGGGAGAUGGACAUUGGCAUUCACGGAUGAAGUAUCUUGUAAAUUGGCUUACUCCAUGGUCGUGGACGAGAUCUGUAGACAAAGCAACGAGGUCGAAAGAAGAUUAAAACCAUUGCUCGAGCUCGAACAAAUUCAAGACCAAUCGAACCUUGCAUCCGAUUCUUCCUCUUCUACUUCAUCAUCACCACCGUCUUCGGGCUGAGCUCAGAAUUCGGGUAUUGAACUUUGGUCCCUACUUGUAAAUGAAAUAUUUGAAGCACCAGUAUUUAGAGAUAUAUCCAUAGAGUAGUGUUUCCAUUGUUCUUUCCUUCACCUUUUAAGUUUGGGUGCCUUAUUUUGCAAGUUAUCAUUCGUUCACCACUUCGUCUCUCUAACCCUAGAGUUCGUGUUUCUGUUUCCUGUUGGGCUUUUUUCCUGCUCCCUUUAAUAAUUUUUGUAUGUUUUUUUGUAUCAUCAUUGUAUAUUUGAUGCAGUUUUAUAGUGAUUUUUCCUCUUCAUA